AGUGGUAGGUAUUGCGCAUGCGUGAGGCUAGAGCAGGGGGCGGGGUCACGUGGGCCGAGGGGUCCUGGGCCAGAAUGGCUGUAAGCUCAGAGAUUAUCAUUCAGGUCCUGGUGAUCUAAGGCCAAACGAACAAACACACACACACUUGCUCUGACUGAAUACUGUUAUUAAAAGUAAAUAUGGAAAAUGAACCAGUCCAUGAAAAUGUGGAACAGAGCCUUUGUGCCAAGACUACUGAAGAAGAACUGAAUAAGUCUUUCAAUUUAGAAGCUUCACUUUCAAAAUUUUCUUAUAUAGAUCUGGACAAGGAACUGGAGUUCAAAAAUGAUCUGAUUGAUGACAAGGAGUUUGAUAUUCCUCAGGUUGAUACUCCUCCAACACUGGAAAGCAUACUAAAUGAGACUGAUGAUGAAGAUGAGUCUUUUGUUCUCGAGGAUCCUACAUUGUUAAACAUUGAUACUAUUGAUUCCCACUCUUAUGAUACGUCAUCUGUGGCAAGCUCCGACAGUGGUGACAGGACUAACUUAAAAAGGAAGAAGAAAUUACCUGAUUCUUUUUCUCUCCAUGGAUCAGUUAUGCGACAUUCACUUUUGAAGGGAAUUUCUGCCCAGAUAGUGUCUGCAGCUGUGGAGAGUAACUCAGAUUUGCUAGAAUGGGAACCACCUGUUGUGGAUUACAUUUCCAUGACGUUUUCUGAAUUUAAUCCUUAUGACAAAGUGGAUGCUGGCUUGCCUACAGCAAUUGCAGUGUCCAGUCUGAUAGCAGUGGGUACAUCUCAUGGAUUGGCUUUAAUAUUUGGAAAAGAUCAGAAUCAAGCUUUGCGACUCUGUCUGGGUAGCACUGGUGUUGGAGGUCAGUAUGGAGCCAUCUCUGCCCUCAGUAUCAACAAUGACUGCUCAAGACUUCUUUGUGGCUUUGCUAAAGGACAGAUCACCAUGUGGGAUUUGGCUAGUGGAAAACUUCUAAGAUCAAUAACAGAUGCUCAUCCUCCAGGAACAGCAAUAUUGCAUAUCAAGUUUACAGAUGAUCCAACUCUUGCAAUUUGCAAUGACAGUGGAGGCUCUGUGUUUGAAUUGACAUUUAAGAGAGUGAUGGGAGUGAGAACAUGUGAAUCUAGAUGUUUAUUCAGUGGUUCCAAGGGUGAAGUUUGCUGUAUUGAGCCUCUACAUUCUAAGCCUGAAUUGAAAGAUCAUCCGAUCACACAGUUUUCAUUAUUGGCCAUGGCAUCCUUAACAAAGAUACUGGUCAUUGGAUUGAAACCAUCCUUGAAAGUAUGGAUGACUUUUCCCUAUGGUCGGAUGGAUCCUUCUAGUGUUCCAUUGCUGGCCUGGCAUUUUGUGGCAGUGCAUAAUUAUGUGAAUCCCAUGCUUGCCUUUUGCAGAGGAGAUGUUGUUCAUUUUCUUUUGGUAAAGAGAGAUGAAUCUGGAGCAAUACAUGUUACUAAGCAAAAGCAUCUUCACCUAUACUAUGACCUCAUCAACUUUACUUGGAUAAACUCACGCACAGUUGUGCUCUUAGACAGCGUAGAGAAGUUGCAUGUGAUUGAUCGGCAAACGCAAGAGGAGUUGGAAACAGUGGAAAUCUCAGAAGUUCAGUUGGUCUAUAACAGCAGCCAUUUCAAAUCGCUGGCCACUGGAGGAAAUGUUAGCCAGGCACUGGCUUUGGUUGGAGAGAAGGCCUGUUAUCAAUCCAUCAGUAGCUAUGGUGGACAGAUCUUUUAUUUGGGCACAAAAUCUGUUUAUGUGAUGAUGCUAAGGAACUGGAGAGAAAGAGUGGAUCAUCUCCUGAAACAAGAUUGUCUCACAGAAGCUUUGGCUCUUGCAUGGUCUUUCCAUGAAGGCAAAGCAAAAGCAGUAGUGGGAUUAUCAGGGGAUGCCAGUAAAAGAAAGGCUGUUGUUGCAGACCGGAUGAUAGAAAUCCUAUUCCAUUACGCAGAUCGAGCUCUGAAAAAGUGCCCAGACCAAGGAAAAAUCCAAGUGAUGGAGCAGCACUUUCAGGAUAUGGUGCCUGUCAUAGUUGAUUACUGCCUUCUGCUGCAGAGAAAGGAUCUUUUAUUUAGCCAGAUGUAUGACAAAUUAAGUGAGAAUUCAGUGGCCAAAGGAGUGUUUUUGGAGUGCCUUGAACCAUAUAUUUUAAGUGAUAAAUUGGUGGGAAUUACACCCCAGGUAAUGAAAGACUUGCUUGUUCAUUUCCAAGAUAAAAAAUUAAUGGAAAAUGUAGAAGCUCUUAUUGUCCAUAUGGAUAUCACCAGCCUAGAUAUUCAGCAGGUAGUUCUCAUGUGUUGGGAAAAUCGUUUAUAUGAUGCUAUGAUCUAUGUCUACAACAGAGGCAUGAAUGAAUUUAUUAGUCCAAUGGAGAAACUUUUCAGAGUCAUUGCUCCUCCUCUGAAUGCCGGAAAAACACUAACAGAUGAACAAGUUGUUAUGGGCAAUAAGCUUCUUGUAUAUAUUAGCUGUAGUCUAGCAGGUCGUGCCUAUCCCCUUGGUGACAUCCCUGAAGAUCUUGUUCCCUUGGUUAAAAACCAGGUUUUUGAAUUUCUAAUUCGCCUACAUUCAGCAGAAGCUUCCCCUGAGGAAGAAAUCUAUCCUUAUGUACGGACUUUGCUACAUUUUGACACAAGAGAAUUUCUAAAUGUAUUGGCACUGACCUUUGAAGAUUUUAAAAAUGACAAGCAAGCUGUGGAAUAUCAACAGCGAAUUGUGGAUAUUUUGUUGAAAGUUAUGGUGGAGAAUUCAGAUUUUACCCCCUCACAAGUGGGGUGUCUCUUUACAUUCCUUGCUCGGCAGCUUGCAAAACCUGACAAUACUUUGUUUGUAAACAGAACACUUUUUGAUCAGGUUCUUGAAUUCCUCUGUAGUCCUGACGAUGACUCCCGACACUCUGAAAGACAACAGGUCCUUUUGGAAUUGCUGCAGGCUGGAGGCAUAGUUCAAUUUGAAGAGAGUCGGCUCAUCUGCAUGGCAGAAAAAGCUGAGUUCUAUCAAAUUUGUGAAUUUAUGUAUGAACGAGAACACCAGUAUGACAAAAUUAUUGAUUGCUACUUACGUGACCCACUGAGAGAAGAGGAAGUCUUUAAUUACAUUCACAAUAUCUUAUCCAUUCCUGGACACAGUGCAGAGGAGAAGCAGUCAGUAUGGCAGAAAGCAAUGGAUCAUAUUGAGGAACUUGUAUCUCUGAAGCCAUGUAAAGCUGCAGAGCUGGUUGCUACCCAUUUUUCUGGACAGAUUGAAGCAGUUAUUAAAAAACUUCAGAACCAGGUUUUGCUUUUCAAAUUUUUGAGGAGUCUUCUUGACCCAAGGGAAGGUAUUCAUGUAAACCAAGAAAUGCUACAAAUAUCCCCCUGUAUCACAGAGCAGUUCAUUGAGCUGUUGUGUCAGUUCAACCCAGACCAACUUAUAGAGACACUGCAAGUUCUCGAGUGCUACCGUCUGGAAGAAACUAUUCAGAUUACUCAGACAUAUCAGCUUCAUGAAGUCACUGCUUAUCUAUUGGAAAAGAAAGGAGAUAUUCAUGGUGCCUUCUUAAUAAUGUUAGAGAGACUACAAAGCAAACUUCAAGAGGUAACACAUCAAGGUGAAAAUGCCAAAGAGAAUCCUUCAUUGAAGCAUGUUGAAAAUACUAUGGUAGAGACAAUUGCUCUUUGCCAGAGAAAUUCACAUAAUUUGAACCAGCAGCAACGAGAG